AUGCUGCUGGACGGGGCGCCGGAGAACCUGCGGCUGUUCAAGGCCGACGUGCUCGACCGCGCCGCGCUGGCCGCCGCCGUCGGGGGGUGCGAGGGCGUCUUCCAUGUCGCGACCCCUGUGCCCGUGGAUAAGCUCGUCGAUCCUGAGUCGGAAGUAAUUAUGCCUGCUGUCAAGGGCACCUCGAAUAUUCUAGAAGUUUGUUCAACUAUGAAGGUUCAGAAAGUUGUGGUGGUGUCAUCCACUGUUUCUGUUCAUUUCAACCCGAACUGGCCUCAGGAUAAACCCAAAGAUGAGAGUUGCUGGUCGGACAAAAACGUGUGCAUGGAAAAUGAGCUUUGGUACUUUCUUGCAAAAACUGUUGCUGAAGAGACAUCCUGGGAAUAUGCAGAAAAGAAUGGGCUAGACAUCGUAACAGUAUGCCCUUGUAUUGUUUUUGGUCCGCAAUUACAACCUGUUGUCAAUACCACCAGCGAACUUCUUCUUAUCUUAUAA